CCAGGCUGACACUCUCCCCACAGCAGCACCUGGGAAGGGCUGGAGCUGCCCCUCCCCAUGGAUCUCCUGGGAGCAGGGAUCCUCCUCCUGGCCAUUGCCCUGGCCGGCCUUUUGGUCCUCUCCUCUUGGCAGCAAAUGCACGGAAGGAGCAAGAUGCCCCCUGGACCCAUGCCCCUCCCCCUGAUUGGAAACCUGCUCUGGAUAGAUCGAAACAACCUGCCCAAUUCACUCAUCAAGCUGAGCGAAAAGUAUGGGCCGGUCUACACGCUCCAGCUGGGCCCCCGGCGCAUCAUGGUGCUGUGUGGCUACGAGGCCAUUAAGGAGGCCCUGGUGGACCAGGCGAACGAGUUCCGGGACCGGGGCCAACAAGCCAGUUUUGACUGGAUCUUCCAGGGCCACGGAGUUGCCUUCAGCAAUGGGGAAAAACCCAUCCAUCUGCGACGGUUCUCCAUCAUGACCCUGCGCAAUUUCGGGGUGGGAAAGAGAUCCAUCGAAGAGCGGAUCCUGGAGGAAGCCCACUUCCUGCUGAAAGCCCUGAGGGGCACAAAAGGAGCCCCCUUUGACCCCACCUACUUCCUGAGCCGCUCCGUGUCCAACGUCAUCAGCUCCAUCAUCUUUGGCAGCCGCUUUGACUACGAAGACCAAGAGUUCCUCUCUUUGCUGACCACAGUGGCAGAAAUCUUUCGCUUCAGUGCCUCAGCCCAGGGACAGCUUUUGGACAUCUUCUUUGAAAUUGUGCAACACCUCCCUGGAACACAGCAAAUGGUUUUCAAGAGGUCUUCAGAGCUGAAGGAAUUUGUGGCCAGGAAGGCAAAAGCCCACCAAGAGACCCUGGACCCCAAUUCCCCACGGGAUUUCAUUGACUGCUUCCUGAUAAAAAUGCUGCAGGUAGAAGGGGGGGCUUGAUGGGAUGAUAAACACACAGAUAAAUACACUCAGCCCAACUCAGAUGACGGGUCCUUGGUGCUCUUUGAGCUUGGUUGUUUUCCUCCUUUAUUGGCAACUUGAAUGGCACCAGAUACAAACCUUUGAGAGAUUCUCCGUCCAAGGGUCUUUUGAAAGGGACUGCGCCAGAUUCCUGCCCUACAGAAAGCCCAAAAAAGCAGACAAGUGCGUAAGG